AUGGAGUUCACUGGAGAAAGAACUCUAUGGAGUUUUGUGGAUGAGGAAAAAAAGCAGAAUAUAAAUUUACCAAGAAGGCUCUCGUUUGGAAACCACGAAUCUGAUACUCAUUUGGCUUCUCCAAGAACUUCUUGUGCAUCCGCUGCAUCAUUCCCCCUUUGGCCUAUGAGCCCUGAGACUCCCUGGGUGAGAUCUCCUUUGCAUGCAUCUCCCCCAACAUCGUCCCUUCUAUACCACUGUGUAGCCUCACUUCAUCGCAGUGAAGGUAAAAUCUUCUCGAUAACAUCCUCCAAGCACUUUGUUUUCACCGCAUCAGACAGCAGAAGGAUCCAUGCAUGGAAACUUCCAGAUUGCACAGAAAUGGGAUUCAUUAAGGCUAAUGCUGGCGGCAUUCGAGCUAUCUUGGCACAUGGGAAAUAUUUAUUCACUGCUCAUGGUGACUACAAAAUCCGAGUGUGGGAAGUGCCGCCAACAGAAAGUUUUCAACCAAGGAAGAUUACCACCUUGCCACGGAGAUCUUUCCUACUGUACCCAAGGAUGAACAGCCACAAAGACUACAUAUCAUGUAUAGCUUAUAACUACAUGGAAAACCUGUUAUACACAGGUUCCUGGGACAAGACAGUCAAGGUCUGGAAAAUCAAAGAAAAGCAAUGCAUUGAUUCAUUUGUGGCACAUGAAGGUCAAGUGAAUGCAAUUGUCAUCAACCAAGAAGACGGCUGUGUCUUCAGCGGUUCAUCAGAUGGCACAGUGAAGAUUUGGAGGAGGGUUUACAGAGAAAGCUCUCACAUCCUCACUAUGACUCUAAAGUUUCAACCAUCACCAGUAAAUGCUCUGGCCCUAAGUUUGUUAUCCAGUGGCUGUUUCCUCUAUUCUGGUUCAGCAGAUGGACUCAUAAACUAUUGGCAGAAGGAGAGAAUGUCCGGAAGGUUUAACCAUAGAGGAUUUCUACAAGGCCACCACUUUGCAGUUCUUUGUUUAGUGUCAAUUGGAGACUUGCUUUUAAGUGGUUCUGAAGAUGCAACAAUAAGGGUAUGGAGGAGAGAAGAGGGGAAUUCAUUUCACUCAUGCCUUGCGGUGAUUGAUGGUCACCAUGGACCAGUAAAAUGUUUAGCAGCUUCACUGGAAACAUCAGAUAUGUUGAUCGGACUCCUAGUUUACAGCGCGAGUCUAGACCAAACUUUCAAGGUAUGGCGAGUCAAAGUAUAUCUCGCUGAGACUUUGAACACAGAGAAAUCAGACCCCAAGCAUAGCCAGGCUGAGAAGGAGUGUCAAAUGAGUCCUGUAUUAUCGCCUUCAUGGGUGGAAAGGAAAAUGCAGGCGAACCAUUUCGAAUAG